UAGGUCCCGUUCAGCCCCAUCGCCAUGGCCCCGAUGCUGCUGUUGCUGUUAAUGGGGGUCCUGCCCCCCCCCGCUGCCCUAGAGCAGCGCUUCAGCCCCGAGGCCUGGCUCCAGCAGUACGGGUACCUGCCCCCCGGGGACCUACGGGCACAGGCGCAGCGCUCCCCGCAUUCCCUACCGGCCGCAUACGCCGCAAUGCAGCGCCUCUAUGGGCUGCGCGUCACCUCCCGGCCCGACCCCGAAACCAUCCGGGCCAUGCGCCGGCCCCGUUGUGGGGUCCCGGAUAAGUUCGGCCCCGAGCUCAAGGCCAACGUUCGGCGCCGGCGCUUCGCCAUCCAGGGCAUGAAGUGGGACCAGCAGGAGAUCACCUUCAGCAUCCAGAACUUCACCCCCAAGGUCGGCGAGGCCGGUACCAACGCCGCCAUCCGCCAAUGCCUCCCCAUUGACCCCAAU